UCCCACGCACAUAAAGUCAUGUGUGUAAUCCCUAUCAUUACUGUUCUUAUAAAUCUCAGUUUCUUCUCUGUGUUCAUAUUUCUGUUAGAGAUGUCGGAGAAUCCUGCGAAAUCAUGAGGUCUCAAAGGGUCAAUAAUCUGUGUUUAUGGUGGAGAGCUGGGUUUCUUUUGUUCUUGAUUUUUGUAGAGAGAUGUUAUGGGCUCAACAUAGACGGGGUUCUAUUGCUCGCUUUCAAGUACUCGAUCAUCAAGGAUCCUACGAAUGUGCUUGAGAGCUGGAACUACGACAACGAUACGCCGUGUUCGUGGAAAGGAGUGAGCUGUGGAUCUCACCCCAACACCAACUCUCGCGUCAUUGGCUUAGCCCUCCCUAGUUCACAACUUCUGGGUUCGAUUCCUGCUGAUUUUGGCAUGAUUGAACACCUCCAAAAUCUUGAUCUAUCUGACAAUUCCCUUAAUGGGUCUCUCCCAUUUGCGCUUUUCAACGCAACAGAGCUUCGGUUUCUUGAUUUGUCAAACAAUUUGAUCUCCGGCGAGGUACCGGAGACCAUAGGUCGGCUACAGAAUCUUCAAUCGCUUAAUCUCUCCGACAAUGCCUUGGCGGGAAAAAUACCUGCCACUCUCACUACUGUGUCUAAUCUAACUGUUGUUUCUUUGAAGAAUAAUUACUUAUCUGGUGAUCUUCCUAGCAGAUUUAGUUCUCUUCAGGUCUUGGAUCUUUCUUGCAAUCUCAUCAAUGGAUCUCUUCCUUCUGAUUUUGGUGGUCCUAAUCUUCGUUACUUGAACGUCUCCAACAACAAGUUAUCAGGAAAUAUUCCACCACAAUUCGCCGAGAAAAUCCCAGGUAAAGCGACUGUUGACCUCUCGUUCAACAAUCUCACCGGAGAAAUCCCAGAAUCCAGUGUUUUCAUGAAUCAAGAAACGAAGUCAUUUUCUGGAAAUCUUUAUCUAUGUGGACCACCAACAAAGAACCUAUGUCCAAUCCCUUCUACACCAUCCGCCCCUCCUAAUGUCUCUGCUCCUACUUCUCCCCCUGCAUUUGCUGCCAUUCCAAAGACUGUAGACUCCAGUACUUCUGGGAAUUCAUCUGAAUCUCAACGAAGCGGGCUUAGACCAGUAACCAUUAUAGGCAUUGUAAUUGGGGAUUUAACAGGAACUGCGAUUCUUGCUCUGAUUUUCUGUUAUCUGUACCAUGUGAAGAAAAAAAAGAAGGUAGAGAUUGCAACCAAGGAUGAUUCUUGGUCAACUUCAACGUCAGAGUCCCGGAGUUUCACGAGAUGGUCGUGUCUGCGCAAGAAAGCAGGCGAUGAAAAAGAAACUGGAACUUCGAGUUCUGAUUCCGAUAAUGAUCAUCAAAAUGGACCAAAUCGCGUUGAAAGUCAACGGCUGCAAGACCCAGAUCAAAACAAGAAAGGCAGACUAGUGACCGUUGAUGGGGAAAAGGAGCUUGAGCUGGAAACGCUACUCAGAGCUUCGGCGUACAUAUUAGGGGCCACCGGUUCGAGCAUAAUGUACAAGGCGGUGCUUGAAGAUGGGACUUCCCUCGCGGUUCGUAGAAUCGGCGAGAACAGCGUGGACCGGUUCAAGGGCUUCGAGACCCAGGUCCGAGUCAUUGCCAAAUUGGUUCAUCCCAACCUGGUCCACAUACGUGGCUUCUACUGGGGCGUCGAUGAGAAACUCAUCAUAUACGACUUCGUUCCUAACGGCAGCCUCGCCAAUGCUCGCCACAGAAAAGUGGGCUCAUCCCCAUGUCACUUACGAUGGGAGACUCGGCUCAGGAUUGCGAAGGGUGUGGCCCGUGGGCUUGCAUUUCUCCACGAGAAGAAGCACGUGCAUGGAAAUUUGAAGCCCAGUAAUAUCCUUUUGGGCUCUGAUAUGGAGCCCAAAAUUGGAGACUUUGGGCUUGAAAAGCUUGUAACAGGUGACUCAAGCUACAAAGCAGGUGGAUCAUCUCGGAUUUUCGGAAGCAAGAGGUCCACAGCAUCACGUGAUAGUUUCCAAGACUUUCCAAUGGGCCCAAGCCCAAGCCCAAGCCCUAACUCGAGCUCAGUGGGCUUUGGGUCCCCUUAUCAUGCACCAGAGUCAUUAAGGAACUUGAAGCCAAAUCCAAAGUGGGAUGUGUAUUCGUUUGGGGUAAUGUUGCUGGAGUUGCUAACUGGGAAGGUUAUAGUGGUGGAUGAAAUGGGCCAAGUGAAUGGGCUUGUAGUGGAGGAUAAGAACCGGGCCUUAAGAAUGGCUGAUGCGGCAAUACGGGCUGAAUUGGAGGGCAAAGAGGAGUUGUUGCUGGGAUGCUUCAAGUUAGGGUACGGUUGUGCAUCUCCAAUUCCGCAGAAGAGGCCUACAAUGAAAGAAGCCAUACAAAUUCUUGACAAAAUCCCAUCUUCAAUAUCUUCACCACACUUUUAUGGUCAUUUAUGAUGUAACAUUUUGAUAGGUCAGCAAUUUUCAACGUGAAAUUGAUCGGAAUUGAAUUGGAGUGAUUCAAUUGUUGAAUACAUUUAAUAAUCCAUUUGAAAUGUUUUUCCUUCCCGUGACCUAGUUGCAAAUGCCCCGAUAUUUCAAUGACAUAUUUGAACUUACAC